UCCUGCUGAAAGGUGACACUCCACGGCCCGGCUCCCUCCGUCACCCUGUGGGCGCCUGUCGGACCCACGGGAGAGUGGAGCCGGUGGCCACAGCCUCAGUGAUGAUUUGCUGAAUGAUCCUGCUUCUUUUUCUAUCUUGUCUGAUUUUCUCCUGCCUGACCUUUUCCUGGUUAAAAAUCUGGGUGAAAAUGACGGACUCCAAGCAAGUCACCAAGAGUAAAUCAAAAGUGAGCUUCAUCGUGAGUCAGGAGCCUCUUCCAGCCUCAGACAGCUCCCAGGAGCCACUUCAGGAAGAGUGCAGCAGCAGCCAUCUGCCAGAGACCCCUGGCCAGGCUGAGCCAGCCUCCUACAAAGGUCACAAGGACACCUGCCAGCAAAGAACCUCCCAGCCACCCCCAGAGCAAAAUCCCCAAGAAGACCCCCUUUCCUCCAAUGACACCUCCCCAGCACACCAAGCCAACAGGACAGGGACUGAAGGCCUGGAGGUCCCAAAUACCAGUGGCCUGUCCGCGCCAGCCAAAACCCUCUCCAAAGAAGACAGGAAGCAGGCGCACAUCAAGAAGCAGCUGAUGACCAACUUCAUCCUGGGCUCUUUUGAUGACAACUCCUCCGAUGAGGACCCUGGCACUGGCUUGUUCCGGCAGUCUUCCCGGAAGGGCAGCCGGGCCAGCCUGGGGACGCUGUCCCUGGAGGCUCUUCAGACUGCAGGCGAGACUGAGACCCUCGUACCCACUAUAAGGCCCAGCAUGUCAGGGCUUCACCUGGCAAGAAGAGGCCGAGAACAGAAGAAGCUGGACCUGCACAGAGACUUUACCGUGGCUUCCCCUGCUGAGUUUGUCACGCGCUUUGGGGGGGAUCGGGUCAUUGAGAAGGUGCUCAUUGCCAACAAUGGUAUCGCCGCUGUGAAAUGCAUGCGCUCCAUCCGCAGGUGGGCCUAUGAGAUGUUCCGAAAUGAGCGGGCCAUCCGGUUUGUAGUCAUGGUAACCCCUGAGGACCUCAAAGCCAACGCAGAGUAUAUCAAGAUGGCAGAUCAGUACGUCCCCGUCCCAGGAGGGCCCAACAACAACAAUUACGCCAACGUGGAGCUGAUUGUGGACAUUGCCAAGAGGAUCCCUGUGCACGCGGUGUGGGCUGGCUGGGGCCAUGCUUCUGAAAACCCCAAACUUCCGGAGCUCCUGCACAAGCACGAGAUUUCUUUCUUAGGUCCUCCCAGCGAGGCCAUGUGGGCGCUAGGAGAUAAGAUCGCCUCCACCAUCGUGGCCCAGACACUGCAGAUCCCGACACUGCCCUGGAGCGGAAGCGGUCUGAUGGUGGAGUGGGUGGAAGAUAGUCUGCAGCAGGGACAAAGGAUCAGCAUCCCGGAGUACAUUUACAACAAUGGUUGCGUGAAAGAUGUAGAUGAGGGCUUGGAGGCAGCAGAAAAAAUUGGUUUUCCCGUGAUGAUCAAAGCUUCCGAAGGCGUUGGAGGGAAAGGCAUCCGGAAGGCGGAAACUGCCGAGGACUUCCCAAUGCUUUUCAGACAGGUGCAGAGCGAGAUACCCGGCUCCCCCAUCUUUCUCAUGAAGCUGGCCCAGCACGCCCGUCACCUGGAGGUCCAGAUCCUCGCCGACCAGUACGGGAACGCCCUGUCCCUGUUUGGGAGAGACUGUUCCAUCCAGCGGAGGCAUCAGAAGAUCAUAGAGGAGGCGCCGGCCACCAUUGCCAUGCCGGCCGUGUUCGAAUACAUGGAGCAGUGUGCCGUGCGCCUGGCCAAGACCGUGGGCUACAUGAGCGCGGGGACCGUUGAAUACCUCUACAGCCAGGACGGCAGCUUCCACUUCUUGGAGCUGAAUCCCCGCCUGCAGGUGGAACACCCCUGCACGGAAAUGAUCGCUGAUGUCAAUCUGCCAGCUGCCCAGCUACAGAUCGCCAUGGGCGUGCCACUGCACAGGCUGAAGGAUAUCCGGCUUCUGUACGGAGAGUCCCCCUGGGGGGUGACGACCAUUGCUUUUGAAACCCCUUCCAACCCUCCCAUCGCCCGAGGCCAUGUCAUUGCGGCCAGAAUCACCAGUGAAAACCCAGAUGAGGGGUUUAAGCCGAGCUCCGGAACGGUCCAGGAAUUGAAUUUCCGCAGCAACAAGAACGUGUGGGGUUAUUUCAGCGUGGCCGCUGCUGGUGGCUUACACGAGUUUGCGGACUCCCAGUUUGGGCACUGCUUCUCCUGGGGAGAGAACCGGGAAGAGGCCAUUUCGAACUUGGUGGUGGCUUUGAAGGAACUGUCCAUCCGGGGCGACUUCAGGACCACCGUGGAAUAUCUCACCAACCUCCUGGAGACCGAGAGCUUCCAGAACAACGACAUUGACACCAGCUGGUUGGAUCAUCUCAUUGCCGAGAAAGUGCAGGCUGAGAAACCGGAUAUCAUGCUGGGGGUGGUGUGCGGAGCCUUGAACGUGGCCGACUCGAUGUUCAGAACCUGCAUGACGGAUUUCCUACACUCGCUGGAAAGGGGCCAGGUCCUCCCCGCAGACUCUCUGCUGAACAUUGUGGAUGUGGAAUUAAUCCACGGAGGCGUUAAGUACAUUCUCAAGGUGGCCCGGCAGUCUCCGACCAUGUUCGUCCUCAUCAUGAAUGGCUGUCACAUCGAGAUCGAUGCCCACCGGCUGAAUGACGGGGGGCUGCUGCUGUCCUACAAUGGCAACAGCUACACCACCUACCUGAAAGAAGAGAUCGACAGUUACCGAAUCACCAUCGGCAACAAGACUUGUGUGUUUGAGAAGGAGAAUGACCUCACCAUCCUGAGAGCCCCUUCGGCUGGGAAGCUGAUGAAGUACCUGGUAGAGGACAGGGGCCACGUCGAGACUGGGGGCAGCUAUGCUGAGAUAGAGGUAAUGAAGAUGAUUACGACCCUGAACGUGCAGGAAAGUGGCCGGGUGAAGUAUGUCAGGCGCCCGGGAGCUAUGUUGGAAGCAGGCUGUGUGGUGGCCAGGCUGGAGCUCGAUAACCCUUAUAAAGUGCAGCUGGCUGAGCCGUACACAGGAGAGCUCCCCUCCCAGCCAACGCUGCCCAUCCUCGGAGAGAAACUGCACCAGGUUUUUCACAGUGUCCUGGAAAAUCUGACCAACAUUAUGAAUGGCUACUGCCUGCCAGAACCUAUUUUUAGUAUCAAGCUGAAGGACUGGGUGCAGAAGCUCCUGGCAGCCCUCCGGCACCCGACGCUGCCGCUGCUGGAGCUGCAGGAGAUCAUGACCAGCGUGUCGGGCCGCAUCCCCGUGCCUGUGGAGAAGGCCGUCCGCAGGGUGAUGGCCCAGUAUGCCAGCAACAUCACCUCGAUGCUGUGCCAGUUCCCCAGCCAGCAGAUAGCCACCAUCCUGGACUGCCACGCGGCCACCCUGCAGCGGAAGGCCGAACGGGAGGUCUUCUUCAUGAACACCCAGAGCAUCGUCCAGCUGGUCCAGAAAUACCGCAGCGGGACCCGGGGCUACAUGAAGGCGGUGGUGUUGGAUCUCCUGCGAAGAUAUUUACUAGUCGAGCACCAUUUCCAACAAGGCAAGAGUCGCCUCCACCGGCACUGGUGACAAGCCCACGGGGGCAGACGGGGCCCCGAGCCUGACUCCACGUGGCCUUUUGUCCCUGCAGCCCACUACGACAAGUGCGUGAUAAACCUCCGGGAGGAGCUGAAGCCAGACAUGUCCCAGGUGCUGGACUGCAUCUUCUCCCACGCACAGGUGGCCAAGAAGAACCAGCUGGUGAUUAUGCUGAUUGAUGAGCUCUGUGGCCCAGACCCUUCCCUGUCCGACGAGCUGAUCUCCAUCCUCGAUGAGCUGACUCAGCUGAGCAAAAGCGAGCACUGCAAGGUGGCUCUCCGAGCCAGGCAGGUCCUGAUUGCCUCCCACCUCCCCUCCUAUGAGCUGAGGCACAACCAGGUGGAGUCCAUUUUCCUGUCUGCCAUCGAUUUGUAUGGCCACCAGUUCUGCCCGGAAAACCUCAAGAAAUUAAUACUCUCAGAAACGACCAUAUUUGAUGUCCUGCCCACUUUCUUCUAUCACACUAACAAAGUCGUCUGCAUGGCAUCCUUGGAGGUUUAUGUGCGGAGGGGCUACAUUGCCUAUGAGUUAACCAGCCUGCAGCACCGGCAGCUCCCAGACGGCACCUGCGUGGUGGAAUUCCAGUUCAUGCUGCCCUCCUCCCACCCAAACCGGAUGACCGUGCCCAUCAGUGUCACCAACCCUGAGCUGCUGAGACACAGCACGGAGCUCUUCAUGGACAGUGGCUUCUCCCCCAAGUCCCAGCGGAUGGGGGCCAUGGUUGCCUUCCAGAGGUUCGAGGAUUUCAUCAGGAACUUUGACGAGGUCGUCUCCUGCUUUGCCAACGUGCCCAGGGACACCCCCCUCUUCAGCAAGGCCCGUACCUCCCUGUACUCUGAGGACGACAACAAGAGCCCCCGAGAGGAGCCCAUCCACAUCCUGAACGUGGCCCUCCAGUAUGCGGACCACCUGGAGGAUGAGCAGCUGGUGCCGAUUUUCCGGACAUUUGUGCAGUCCAAGAAAAACAUCCUUGUGGAGUACGGACUCCGAAGAAUCACGUUCCUGAUUGCCCAAGAGAAAGAAUUUCCCAAGUUUUUCACAUUCAGAGCCAGAGACGAGUUUGCAGAAGAUCGCAUCUACCGUCACUUGGAGCCGGCCCUGGCCUUCCAGCUGGAGCUCAGCCGCUUGCGAAACUUCGACGUGACCGCCAUGCCCUGCGCCAACCACAAGAUGCACCUGUACCUGGGCGCCGCCAGAGUGAAAGAGGGCACAGAGGUCACGGACCACAGGUUCUUCAUCCGAGUCAUCAUCAGGCACUCGGACCUGAUCACCAAGGAAGCCUCCUUCGAGUACCUGCAGAACGAGGGCGAGCGGCUGCUUCUGGAGGCCAUGGACGAGCUGGAGGUGGCGUUCAACAACACCAGCGUGCGCACCGACUGCAACCACAUCUUCCUCAACUUCGUGCCCACCGUCAUCAUGGACCCCUCCAAGAUCGAGGAGUCAGUGCAGGCCAUGGUGAUACGCUACGGCAGCCGGUUGUGGAAACUCCGUGUGCUGCAGGCCGAGGUCAAGAUCAACAUCCGCCAGACCACCACCGACAGCGCCAUUCCCAUCCGCCUGUUCAUCACCAAUGAGUCAGGCUACUACCUGGACAUCAGCCUCUACAAGGAAGUGACCGACCCCAGAUCUGGAAACAUCAUGUUUCACUCCUUUGGCAACAAACAAGGGCCACAGCACGGAAUGCUGAUCAACACUCCCUACGUCACCAAGGAUCUGCUUCAGGCCAAGCGAUUCCAGGCCCAGUCUCUGGGUACCACCUAUGUGUAUGACUUCCCGGAAAUGUUCAGGCAGGCUCUUUUUAAAAUGUGGGGCUCCCCAGACAAGUACCCCAAAGACAUCCUGACAUACACCGAACUAGUGCUGGACCUGCAAGGCCAGCUGGUGGAGAUGAACCGACUUCCUGGAGGAAACGAGGUGGGCAUGGUGGCCUUCAAAAUGAGGUUUAAGACUCUCGAGUACCCAGAAGGGCGCGACAUUAUCCUUGUCGGCAAUGACAUCACCUUCCACAUGGGAUCCUUUGGCCUCGGAGAAGACCUUCUGUACCUGCGGGCAUCGGAGAUGGCCCGGGCAGAGGGCAUCCCCAAAAUCUACCUCGCUGCCAACAGUGGGGCCUGUAUAGGCCUUGCAGAGGAGAUCAAACACAUGUUCCAGGUGGCUUGGGUGGACCGGGAAGACCCCCACAAGGGAAUUAAAUACCUGUACCUGACUCCCCAAGACUACACCACAGUCAGCUCCCUGAACUCCGUCCAUUGUAAACACAUCGAGGAAGAAGGAGAAUCCAGGUAUGUCAUCACGGACAUCAUUGGGAAGGAGGAAGGCCUGGGCAUAGAGAAUCUGAGGGGCUCUGGCAUGAUUGCUGGGGAGACCUCCCUGGAUUAUGACGAGAUCAUCACCAUCAGCCUGGUGACCUGCCGAGCCGUUGGGAUCGGGGCCUACCUGGUGAGGCUGGGCCAACGGGUGAUCCAGGUGGAGAAUUCCCACAUCAUCCUGACGGGGGCAGCGGCUCUCAACAAGGUCCUGGGCAGAGAGGUUUACACCUCCAACAACCAGCUGGGCGGCGUGCAGAUCAUGCAUUACAAUGGCGUCUCCCAUGUCACCGUGCUGGAUGACUUCGAGGGUGUUUGUACCAUCCUGGAGUGGCUGUCCUAUAUGCCAAAGGAUAAUCGCAGCCCAGUCCCAAUCAUCACACCCACUGACCCCACUGACAGAGAGAUUGAAUUCCAACCGUCUCGCGGGCCCUACGACCCCCGGUGGUUGCUUGCAGGAAGGCCCCACCCAACUCUGAAGGGAUCCUGGCAGAGUGGAUUCUUCGACCAGGGCAGUUUCAAGGAAAUCAUGGUGCCCUGGGCCCAGACCGUGGUGACGGGACGAGCAAGGCUAGGGGGCAUCCCCGUCGGAGUGAUCGCUGCGGAGACGCGGACAGUGGAGGUGGCCGUGCCCGCAGACCCUGCCAACCUGGACUCUGAGGCCAAGAUAAUCCAGCAGGCGGGCCAGGUGUGGUUCCCGGACUCGGCCUACAAGACAGCCCAGGCCAUCCAGGACUUCAGCCGGGAGAAGCUGCCCCUGAUGAUCUUUGCCAACUGGAGGGGGUUCUCAGGGGGCAUGAAAGACAUGUACGACCAGGUGCUAAAGUUUGGAGCCUACAUCGUGGACAGCCUCCGGAAGUACAAACAACCCAUCCUGAUCUACAUCCCGCCCUUCGCGGAGGUCCGGGGAGGCUCCUGGGCAGUCAUGGACACCAGCAUCAACCCACUGUGCAUAGAAAUGUACGUGGACAAAGAGAGCAGAGCUGCUGUUCUGGAGCCAGAGGGAACUGUGGAGAUUAAGUACCGGAAGAAAGAUCUGGUAAAGACCAUGAGAAGAAUCGACCCAAUUUCCAAGAAGCUCGUGGAACAGCUAGCAAUGUCUGGGCUCACAGACAAGGACCGCAAGGAGCUGGAGGGCCAGCUGAAGGCCCGGGAGGACCUGCUGCUGCCCAUCUACCACCAGGUGGCAGUGCAGUUUGCCGACCUCCAUGACAAGCCCGCCAGGAUGCUGGAGAAGGGCGUCAUCUCCGACAUCGUGGAUUGGAAGACCGCCCGCACCUUCCUGUACUGGCGCCUGCGCCGCCUGCUGCUGGAGGACCAGGUCAAGCAGGAGGUCCUGCAGGCCUGCUGUGAGCUCAGCCAUGUGCACGUCCAGUCCAUGCUGCGCCGCUGGUUCGUGGAGUCAGAGGGGGCUGUCAAGGCCUACCUGUGGGACAACAACCAGAUGGUGGUGCAGUGGCUGGAGCAGCACUGGCAGGUGGAGGAGGGGCUGCACUCCACCAUCCGAGAGAACAUCAAAUGCUUGAAGCGAGACUCUGCCCUCAAGAGCAUCCGAAGCCUGGUUCAGGAAAACCCGGAGGUGGCUGCGGACUGCCUGGUGUACGUGUGCCAGCACAUCAGCCCGGCCGAGCGGGCCCAGGUCAUUCACCUCCUGUCCACCAUGGAUGGCCCGGCCUCCAGCUGACCCCAGUCCUCCCCGUCACUCGGAGGACCACGAGCAAGGGAAACCACCCCGACCUGCUGGCUGCAGGCCCUCGCCAGGACCUUGGGGGUCUGCUUUUUUAAAUUGCUCCAGGGCGGCUGACCCCCGGCUUCCUCCCGUUUCAAUAAAAGCCUCAGAAAUGCCCCCUUCCAGGCAGAAAUCACCUCUUCUCCGUGGUUGGGAAGUCCGUUUUUUUGUCUCUUAAGACAUUUUUCUGCUUCCCUGAAUUGAACUGAACCUAAACACCCCCGUUUCCAGCCACGUUCUGGUGCCUGCCUGCCGGGAUCCGGGUGUUCUUUUAGGUUCAUGUUGUAUCAGAGCAUGGAAUCUCAUUAUUUUGUUAUUCCAAGACCAGCUCUUGAGGUACGCAUCUCAUAGAUUUCAGUAGCAGAACAAGCAAAGAAAAAUAGAGACCAGAUGAGAGAAAACCUACUUUUGUAAUGAUGCUUAUUCAGAGCCUGUCGAGUCACCCCGGAAAGGGUAUGAAUGAUUUUUUAUCGAGUAUAGCAUGGUCUUUUGUUCCCCACGUGGCCCCUCGUGAAUCACUAGCAAUGUCCCGUUACCAGGCUUCGUUCUCUCACUAGCAGAGAAUUUCGUAGCGCUGGGUUCGAGGGCAUUGGGAGACUUCUUGCCCGUGGUCCACAGCCCUCUCUGCCUGCCCCUUCCCUCCGAGGAGAAGAGGACGAGCCUUCCCCCAGCACACACACUCCAGCCAGGGCUGGGAGGACAGAGAAGAGAGGGAGGGCCUUCUCCAGACCCACAGCGCAGCUUGCUCCUAGGUGUCACCCCUGUGAUUGCC